GAUAGUUUCCGUUGCCUCUGUUUCGUUGGUCAUACAAUAAUAACGGUAUCGUGUGUGUAGACUAUAUUCAAACAUUGUAACAAAAUAUAGCGGUUCAAAAAAAUUCGUUCAUUUCAUUGCGUAACAUUUCAGAUAUACUUCGCUCUUAGACUCUUUCUUUUUUUUUCAAAUUACUCCUGCACAAACUAAUCCCAGCUGUCCAAAUCCAUCCAAUAGCAUCUCCGAAAUUGAACUGCGAUCUGUUUUUGUGUGGCCUUUGAAAUUAUUAGAUUUUUAGAGAUGAAAAUAAAAACCAUUUAAAAGUUUUAUUUUCGAACCAGUGUUUCGAACUCUUCGCAAUUUAUGCAAAUGCUUAGUACAGUGCUGCACCUCGGAAGAUGAGGUUGAUCUUCAUACCAUUUCCAUAACGCUCCAUUUGAAUAAAGCCACCAGGGUGAGUUCUUGGCAGUUGGCGGGUUGGCGGUAUCGCCGGCAAGUAGGUUAAUCCGGCAAGUUUCAGGAUGACAGACAACGGUUAAAGAGGUGUACGCAUGUUGUUCGUGACAGAUACGUAGUGAAAAUGCUGAGAUUUGAGCAGGCUUUUCGUGAGAUCUGCUCAUUAGCAGAUUCAAAAAAAAUUUCAGAUAGAAAGCGAUGUAUUGUCAAGUUAAGAGAAUUGUACAAGAGCAAUGCAGCUAUCGAAGAACUUUGCAAUAACUCUAGGAACAGAGACAGUGGGGGCACGGGUUGGAAAGCAAUUCUCCAUUCUGUGCACAAUGUAUUAUUAUACGAAGCGGAAAGAUCAACUUCAGGAGAUGCAAAUCGUUCAUUUGUUUCAACAUCUAAAUUGACAUCUGAUAAGGAAACCCAAGUUAAGAUAGACUAUGCCAUGACUAUGGUAGAGACGGUUAAGAGAGCAAAUAGUCCUGAGAUUCACCUGGACUGUAAUACCUUGCUACCAUUAAUACUUCAAAUCUUCUCUAACCAGCUGUACAUCGUUUAUCAAAGAUCAUACCUCACCAUUCUGGUCAAACAUGUGCUUUGCGUCAAACAUUAUAAAACUCAUAUAUCACCUGUUAAUUGGUGGGAAUUAUUGAAGCUUACUGUUAAAAUGUAUGAAUCGGAACAUCCCUACAUUGACAAAUAUUUCAUUUUGAAAGCAAUCAGCCAAAUAAUACAAAAAGGCUCCACACAAUCACAUCUUGCUCUUAAAUUGAAGAAGAUAUUUCCGUUUUUAGUCAAAGUCUUCAAUGAUGCCAAAUCUGAUCCUAGAAAGCUUUCCGAUGUUACUUUCAAGUUAGCAAAUAUUGUCUGUCAACAAGUCGGCGCAGAAAGUAGAAUUGCUCUCUGUGACUUUGGAGAGACUGUUCUCCCAUGUGCAAUUAACCUGAAUGGUAACUAUGAAAAAUAUGAUUGGAUGCUUCUCAUGGUCCAGGCUCAUCAUCCCGGUGGUGUGACGAAAUACAAUGAUGGAGCAUAUGCGUUUAAUUUUGAAAAAUGGAAGGAAAUAUUGCCUCUGAUUUAUCGUAUGGUCUUGAAAGAUAGCGCAUUGGAAUCUGCAUCCAAUAGUUUUGUUCAACUUGCAUCUGAAGUAUUAUGGCAGCUGAAAGAUAAUUAUACGUAUCUUGAUGGAGAUGGACCAUCCGAUGAUGUGGAUUAUGCGCACCCUUCCAAACGCAGACGUACCGCAAUCGGAAUUCAAGGCAUGAUUGAUACUUUAACGACCAUACCACUUGAAGAAUCUUUAGUAUCAAUAGAGAUUUUGAUUGCACUAAUAACACGUCAUUCAGUUUUGAUAAAAAUAAGUCAUGUUCUACCAUUAAUGGAAUUCCUCGUCGCCCACCUGAGCACGUGUCAAAACGAAAACGUAUUGAAUCACUUGUGGGAUCUAGCAAGAGCAUUAUUGAAAUUUGAAAGCAAAUUCGCGAACGAUCUAACCGAAAACGAUGCAAUAAAGUCUGGCUGGGAUAAAAUAUGGAGUAUAGCUUUGACAUCAGCAAGUACAAAUAAGCAUGCAGAACGAGUUCAUAGACUCUUGCAGUCUUUUAUCAGCCACAAAAAAUCGGUUGAUACCAAUGCCAUUCUAAAUUUAUAUCUUAAGAAUAAUUGCACAUGGUCAAAGGCCAGUAUCCGUACUCUGCUGGUCUUUUGUAAACACAAUAUAAUACAAAAUGACACUGGGCCAUAUACCAAUGAUUACGGCCCAACAUCAAGCAAUAACUCACCCGUGAAAAUCCGUCUUUUACAGUGGAUUCUGGCAGUUCCGCCAGAAACAUGGAAUGCUCAGAUUCCGAUUGAAGAUGUUUGUGAGUUACUAGUUGGCUUAACACUGAGGUCAUGGUAUGAUAUCGAUAAAGAUGUGACAAACAUUUGUCACCAAUCCAAUGUGGAUACACAAGAUAUUGAAGCUACUACCGUUAAACGAUGUCAUGUCACAAAUUUCGAAGAUGCUUGUUUAAUGACAGCCUUUAAAGGUAGUUUGUAUAAUAAGACUGACAUCAAGACCAGUCCACACUGCAAACAAACCAGAGGUUGUGUGCUGCAUAUUAAUGAGAAUUUCGAUUUUUUGAUAAAAAAUUUGAUUGAGAAAAAUGCAGCUAUUAGUGAUAAGGAACCAGCAGACAGCCUCAUAGUCCAGACUGCAGUUGUUGCUAGAAUAUUUUCAAACUUCAUGUAUCUGAAAAUAUCACAUGAAAAGGUUGAAAACUUGCUCAGUCAUAUCAUAGAGCAAUCUUUGGAAGAAAUAUCACUAUCUGUCGAGGAAAUUGUCCAAUCGAAAAAAAAACGAAAAAGAAAUCAUUUAAUGAACGUGCUGGAAGCUCUUCAUUUGCUGUAUAAUGGACCAUAUUACUACCAUGUCGCAGAAUUGAUUCGGAGCUCAACUGGGACGGACAUGUUGAAGCAUAUUCUGUUACUGACCAAUGUUGAUAAUCUUCAUAACAUAGACGGCGAAUUGAGGAACAAUGAUGGUAGCACGAGUAUUACAUACAUCAAAAAUAUAAACCAUUUAUCUCAUACACGUGGGAUCUCUAAACAGAACGAAGAAUUCCUGAAAGCAGACAUCCCGUCAAACGUUGAUACCAUAAGACUCAAAGCUAGUGCAGUACUUGCUGCAUUCUGUGCUAUGCUGAAUAGUGAAAACCCAACUCAUGUGCAAGAAAAUUUACUUAUAACCAUCCUGAAUCCAAAUAGUUACGACCUAUCGGAAAUAUGCGACUUUAAAAUGGCUGUUACAAUCUUAGAAUCGUUGAUGGAACGCAAGUUUUCCUCUUUUCCCGAAAAAGUUAUCACCGAUACAUUGAAAAUGUUGCAACAGCUAUCGCGUUAUUGGCAUAAAAACAACGAAGCUGCAAGAAUUAUCAUAAAUAUUUUGUCAAAACUACUUCCAGUUGUUGCAUAUGCUGGUACUGCCAUACAGAAACAAAAUAUUUUACGGAUUUUGAGCCAGUUCCACAAAUUACUGCAAGGUAAUGAAUACGGACCAGCAACCUGCAUUGCUUUUAUCCAGUGUCUUGAAACAAUAGCGGAAAUCGAUCCUUCUUUUACUUGGACCAAGUGGGAGGCUGAUGAUGGCUCAACCCCUGCAAUACCAGUCAUGAACGAGCUGUUGGUAUAUGUCAAAAGUCCUUUUCACGUAGUUCGUCUGAAAGUCAUAGACUGUUUGCAAAUAUUAUUUUCUUCGGAAGACGUUAGUCUUGAAUGGUUGAAAGAAUUCUUCAAUAAACUACGCACCGCAAUUACUGAAUUAUUCAGAGUCGAUGGUGAAGUGAAAGAAAGAGUUAAAGAAGAUGAAAGGACGAAUCGAAUCGCGAGUGCCUUGCACCUGAUGGUUAUUGUGAUCUCUUGUAGUGCUUUAUUUCGCAGUAGGGCUUUGCUUUCUGUGUUUCAACUGACUGUAGACAAAAAUAUCAAUCCUGACAUUGUGAAAAGGGCUCUUGAAAGAGUGAAUGCAUCCUUACAAAUCAAGGACAUCGACUACCUUGUUGAAAGUAAUUUAUAUUACCUUUUAACGCACUGGUUAGAAAAUGGAUAUUCUAUACAAAAAUUCCCCAUAAUUUUAGCGGGCUGCAACUCCGAGCAGGAAUUUUACAAUAAGUAUAUGCGUAUUAUUGCGUUCGUCGUUAUUCAAAGGGGAAAUAUAGAGGAAAUUUCUGAGCUUUGUAACAAAUUUGGAAUGUCAGUUAAAAACGUGAUUGAAGAUUGCUUCCCACGUCUAAUAUCGUGGUUAUUACCAUAUAUCUCUGCAGAUCAACAAUCAUCAUCAAACGAUUUGGUUAAUGCUGCAACGAUUCAACGUGCCAAUUCUGUUUACAUUCAAUUAAAUAACAACUUGAAGCAGUUCGAGACUGUCCAAAAAGUAUCCGUAUUAGUAAAAAAUAAUCUGGAGAAUGUUAUAGUCACGGUGAUAUCACGCCUCCAUGACGAAGAACAUUCCAUGCAGUUUUUGAACAUACCAAUUAAUUAUCCAUCUUGCGAUCCACCAGAAUUUAAGCACUGUGAUAUCCAGCGAAGUUUCAAAUUUCUUGAAAAUAAUAUCAUAGGUACUAAAAGUUCGUUGCUGCAUUUUCUAGCCACAGAAAAACGAGGAGUAUUACAAAAAGUAUUGAUGAAAUUGAAAUGUCGUAUGUACGAAGAAAAAUCAGUUGAGCUUAAAUUGAAGGCUCUUCAUCAUUACGUGUAUUUUGUCAUGAUGAUAAUGGAGGAAAUCAACAAUAAUUAUUUCGACGAUAUGUCAGCAUACGUCGUUAGAGAUGUUUGCUACACUUUAAUGAACCUCCUCAAGGAGAGUUCAGUUCCCAUAUCUAAAGCGGCUUGCGACUACUUUUAUCAUCUUUUGAGGCGUAUGUUGCCUAAAAGGUGUGCAGAAGUUAAACAAAAUUUAAGAUUGAUAGUGUCAAGCAUGAUACCAAUUGUAAAAUCUGGUAAAACAAGGCAUGCGAUCGACGUGAUAACAUUCCUCUUAGUCGAACAAAGUGACUUACUCGCCGAAGCUAUUGAAAGGCUGGAUUCGUUUCCUCCAGAUAAAGAAUUUCGACAAGUGCGAGAAAAACACUUUAGAUUGAGGAAUAAAAACGGACAAAGACAAACUUUGGAUGAUGAGAUUCGACAUUUCUUAAGUACGCGACGUGAAAAUAUGGAAAAUUGUAGUAUCACGGAACUUGACUAUCUGAAAGAACAAUUAUCUACAAAGAAACAAGAAUUACAAGAAAUGUAUCGAAGCCUUGGGUUAAUGAAGAGGUUUUCUGAAGAUUGCGCCUCAAGCGUAUUGCAUCAAUUGACUUGUGCUUUGGUGAAGUUGACGAUAUCUUCUGAUGCUGAUUUUUCACUGAGAGCAGCAGAAUGCCUGGGUGAAUUAGGACCAGCUGAUUUAACUACAAUGAUUUUACAGCCCGAAAAAGAACAUUCGAGACAGUUUUUGGAGCCAAUGCAGACCUUCACUUAUAGAAUUCUCGUUCUCCUUUCAAACCUACUAAUUCAUCCGGAUGUAUGUGUUUUCACUGCAAGUUCCGAAGCGUUGUAUAUUAUCACGGCAUCAUUCUGGGGUACGCAAAUAGUGUCCAACAGAAAUCUGAAAGAUUUGAAAAGAAAUAUCGAAUUAUCCGAAGAAUGUUUGAGAAUUGAAUAUAUCAAACCAUUCGUGGGAAAGUCCAGCCAACAAAAAAAUGUCAACACAAUUGAUGUAAAAAAGUUUGAAGAAUUCGUCAAUGAUAACGUAGAUUUGUGGACUGGCAAGGUAAACGAUUCUCACAACAAUUGGAUAACAAAUAUAGUGUGCCAGAUUUUAGAUUGCUUCAAUGGCUCGUACAUGAAACACUUGAUACCAGUGUGCAGAGUAAACGUAUCAUUUUGCGAAAAAAUUCUACCAUGGAUUAUCUAUUUGGUAAUUCACUUUGAGAAAAAUUUGGACAUUAUGCUAUAUGCAGGCAUAAAUAGGUUCUUCAGAUGCCACUAUGCCGAAAGUAGCGAGAAGAAUAAGAACAAUUCACUGUCGGGUGCUGAGCAUAGAAAUAUAUGCUUCAAUCACAAGUCGGUUCAGUGCAUGCUGAACGUUGUGGAAUUUAUAAGAUCCCAGUCUGUAGAAAAAUUCAAGAUAGAACUAGAAUAUUUGCAUAUAGCGAAGGCUGCUCAGUAUUGUUCAGCUUAUUUUACUUCAGUACUAUAUGCAGAACUGUGGUGUGAAUGUUUGCGUAGAACGUUGCAGACCAGCGACCACUUGUUAUCCAUUGACUACAUUUAUGAAUCCACUGAUGAGAUUGGUAAAGUGUUGCAAGAUAUUCUUAGAGAAGCUUUCAUAAAAAUUGGAGAUCCUGACGCCAUUUACGGAUGUGGAGCCUCAUAUUAUCAAGACUCCUCUGAAAGAAUACAACAUUAUGUUCAACUUCGGAAGUGGGACAAGGUGCUACUUGCUCAUGACAUUGAAAUGUCGCUUGGCAACAAAACCGCUAGUAAAGGUUUGCUCGAUGCGCUCUAUCAAUCCGGUCUCCAAUAUUUGUUGGGAGCAUUUGUGAGAACAAUUGACAAAACAGAAGAUGAGAAAGAUGACACUUAUCGAUACGAAUGUGCUUGGCGUUUGUCAGAUUGGAAUAUACCAGAUACUCAGCAAAUGAUGAACUGGAAAGAUGUAGACUUCCAAACCAUACUCAGCACACAUCAUCCUCUAUUUCAUUAUCGAGCUCUCAAAUUUUACCAUGAAUCCGACACCGAUAGAUUAAAAACUGCUUUGGAUAGUGCACGAAUUAGUGUUAUCAAGACUCUGCGCAAUAUUAGCUUAGAAAGCUGCAAGGCUGUCUAUCCUGCCUUAUCUCAACUUCAAAUGUUACGUGAAAUCGAAGAAGUAUAUUUUGCAGAACCUGAUACAUAUAACUCUAUGAUUGAAAAAUGGAAGCAUCAGGACGCUAUCGGGGUCAAUGAUUUUGAAUACAUUGAACCUGUUCUUUCGCAGCGUGCAAUAUUGUUACAAGCUACAGGAAAAGUUGAAAGUAAAGUUAUUAAAAGCGCUCUUGUUGAUACAUACUUACAAAUAACAGAAUUAUCAAAGAAAUAUGGCUACUUUCAAAUGGCUGCAAGGGCACUGGGCAGCUUAGCAAAACAAGUCGGAACAUUGACAGAUGAAGAAAGGAACAAUUUGCAAUAUCAAGAAGCAAAACUGGCUUGGGAACGUGGGGAUCAUGAACUCGGUCGUCAUCUUUUACGUAACUUGAUAGUUAACUGCACUUCGAAUGUUAUUCAUUCAGAGGCGCUUACCACGUACGGGAAUUGGAUGGCUGAAUCAAAAUCAGAAAACCCACAGAAAAUUAUCGAUAAAUAUUAUCGCGCUUCUCUGGCGAAUUUUGAGUCUUGUGAUAAUACAACUGAGAGAGAGAGGCAGAACUUCGUUUAUACCCAGGCUGUUUUAGCCCAAUUUGCAGAUGUUCAAUUCCAGCAAAUACUGUCUUAUAUGAAAUCCCCGCAAUUCGAAAGCUUCAGGGCAUGUGUUGCUUACUCGGAGCAGACUGCUGAUAAACUUUCUGCCUACUCAAAAGAUGCUGACGAGAAACGAGCCAAGUUCUUGAAUCAAAAACAGUGUAACAAUGAUAUGGUGGAGCUGGAGAAUAUCGAAAAAGAGAAGAAUAUGUACCUGCUAUUGGCACUGGAGCAUUACAUGCGUACAUUGGAACAAAGCGAAGAUCACAAUCUGCUGGUGUUCAGACUGGUGUCUUUAUGGCUAGAUAAUACUCAUGAUAACAACUUGAACGAACUGAUGCAAGCAAACUUGCACAAACUCCCGUCUUAUAAGUUUAUUCUACUCGUGCCACAACUAGCACCGCAUAUAUCAGAUACAGAUGAUGAAUUCACUACAAAAAUUUUCAAUCUACUGAAAAGAUGUGCGAUUGAACAUCCGCAUCACACAAUUCCAGUAUUAUUGGCACUGAUGAACUCCCACAAAGAUCAUGAUUUUCAAAAUAGUAGAAGAUCGUCAGCUGUGAAACCUGAACCGCGCGUUCUUGGUGCAACAAAGCUAGUUCAACAGCUUAUGAGCACUCCGAUCAAGCCAAUUAUUGAAGAAAUGGACAAGCUAGCAAAUUCCCUAGUUAUGUUAGCUAACCUCGAACCCCCAAAAGCAAAAUCUCCAAGAAUUCCUGUGCCAAACAACCCUCUUUCCAUUGCAAAGAUGAAAAAUUUUCAACAUACUCUGGUGCCAACAAUGUCUAUUGAUAUAAAACCAAACAAAGAUUAUGGUGGACUCGUGACCAUAAUAAAAUAUGAUGACAGUUAUGAACUUGUAGGCGGCAUAAAUGCUCCCAAAAAAAUAACGUGUCUUUGUACCGAUGGGCAAAGAAGAAAUCAAUUAGUAAAGGGCAAAGAUGACUUGAGACAGGAUGCUGUUAUGCAACAGGUCUUUACCGUGAUGAAUAUGCUUCUCAGGACUAGCAAAGAAGCAAACAAACGUAAACUCAAUGUCCGGACGUACAAGGUAGUACCACUUACUCAGAGAUCUGGAAUUCUGGAAUGGUGCGACGAGACAACGCCCAUCUUUGAAAUCCUAGCAGGUUCCAAUAAAAAGAUGGGUCUUCACGAGAAAUAUUAUCCCAAGGAUUACUGCAUCAAGAAAUGCAGGGAUAUUAUGGCGGCAGUGGCAAAAACAUCAAACGUGCAGAAACUCGCCAAAUAUAAUCUGUGCUGUGAAAAUCUUCAUCCUGUGUUUCACUACUUCUUCCUAGAAAAUUUUUUGUCUCCAGAGAUUUGGUUCGAACGAAGGUUAUCCUAUGUGCACAGCGUAGCAACUACUUCCAUAAUAGGAUAUAUCCUAGGAUUGGGCGACAGACAUUUAAACAAUAUUCUGCUCGACAAAAGGACGGCUGAAGUUAUUCACAUCGACUUUGGUAUUGCAUUUGAACAAGGGAAAAUUCUACCCACACCUGAAACCGUGCCAUUUAGACUGACUAGAGACAUGGAAGUUGCGAUGGGAGUAUCCGGUGUCGAGGGUGUUCUGAGGCGAAGCUGCGAGGAGACUAUGACCGUACUUCGCCAUCACAGAAGUGUCAUUAUAACACUCAUUCAAGUACUUACUUACGAUCCCCUUUUUUCGUGGUCAAUUACGCCAGCCAAGGCAUUUAGUCUUCAGCAGCGUAGUACGCAGGGAUCUUCCGAAGGUUCAGAAGCAUCUGGAACUAAAAAUAAACUCGCUGAAAGAGCCCUUUUACGAUUGGACCAAAAACUUCGUGGAACAGAGGAGGGUUCCGCAUCAAGUGUUGCCGGCCAGGUAGAAAAAUUGAUCCAGGAAGCCAGGGAUCCGAUCAAUUUGUCUCGUUUAUUUUGCGGAUGGCAGGCCUAUCUGUAAUUUGUAACUGAUGCAAGUAUAGAGAUUAUCAUUAUCAUUAUAAUUAAUAUUUUUCUACUUCUCAUUAUCGUUGUUUUUAUACUGAUUUAUCAGAUAUUUUGAUGUAUUAUUGUUACCCGAUGUUUCGUGAACUCGUUACAAAUCUUAAACGGCCAUUGUGACAUUUUUAACUCAUGUGUUAUACCUCCCAUAAAUAUUGGCAGGUUUUGUGUUAUUAGUAAACGGGAGCGAUCUCUUGUUGGAUGAAAUAUCCGAUUAGAAGCGAUUAUCCGAGAAAUGUGAAUUUUACCAAUGAUAAUUAGGUAUGAAGAUGCAGUCGAGCAUUGUGCCGAUUAUCAAAAGUGUACCUGAUUCCAUUACGUGAAGCAAGCUACUGUACCGGUGUGCCUACAUCGCGUGAAUGUUCGCAUGGCUAGACGAUUUUAUAGUCUUAGAAUUUCGUGACGGAAUUUUAUUUUAAGAGAGUCGUUGCUCAAUAUCAUUGGCUGACUAAUUGGAACGCUUAUACUGCGUCGUUGUUAUUCGUUACAGUAUCAUACAGAUCACAUGGCAUUAUGUAAUUAUUGACAACAUAACUUUAGACGGUUUUUUACGAUAUUUUCUUAUGAAUAAAAGAAACAAAAAAAUGAAAUAAAAAUGUAUCCAAGAAUUGCACUUCGAUACGGUUUGUGAUUAAGAUGUUGAGAUAUGCUUAACUGGAUGUAUUUAUAUGACCAAAGAAAGUUUAAUUUUGAUAAAUACAAUAUUUCUGAUA